AUAUUUCAACAUAGGUGGCGUGUGGGGCUAUGCUUACGGCAAUGGCGUUAAAGCGAUUAAAAUGUAGUGACAACACCAUUGUUUACAUGUUUUAGUGUGUAAAUAGCUUUGUGUACAGUAGUUUUAUGCUGUUGUAAUAUUGUUUUGAACACAUAAUUGUUGUUAAUUUUGUCGUUGGUACUGUAUAGAACACACAAAUAUGGAUUGUCACGCAAAUUCCUCGCAUUCCAAAGUUACACGGGGAAUAAAGUUUCAGGAAGCGGAAUGGCCGAGGUACACAACGCCUGAAUGAAGAUGUUGAAUAAUAAUGACCCUGAUCGGUAAAGCAUUUGCGCCAAGGACAUUAUGGCUCACCACGAAUUUCUUCCCUUAUGUGACGUUCUAUUUAACAUAAUAUCUUUAGCAUCCUAUUUCUGUGAUGUUGUGUUUGAUGUUGUUAUGGGUUAUGCUUUGUUUGAACGUGGUCGACACGUAUGGUUUGCUGUUUCAUUGACUUUUGUUGCUACGUCUCUCGUGAUUAGUCAAGUCAUUUCUUUAAAAUGGUAUAUAUGUGCGUGUGAAUCUCGGAGAAAAGUGAAAGAAAAAUCUAAGAAUGAAGAUGCUGCGACGGUACCGACGUCAAAUAACCGAGAACGUUGCUUUCAAUGGCUUGUGGGACUGUUACAUGUCAUCCAGUGCGGAGUUUUGUGGCGCUAUUUUAAAUUAUUCAUACCAGUUGAUCUACGUUAUGUGAAGCAUGAAGUGAGAGACUUGUGUAUGCUAAGAUUAUUUCAUGCUUUUUGUGAGGCAGCUCCAAUGUUACUAGUCCAGCUUUAUCUUUUGUGGCAAGAGACUUCACCGAAGAAUUUUAGUGACUUAAAUAUAGUUUCUACAGUGUUGUCUCUUUUUAGUGUUUGUUGGGCUUUGGCCUCCUUUAGCAAAAAUGUUAGACUUCAAAAUGUGCACCGAUUAGUUUUAACAUGGCUAGGCGUGAUAUUUCAAUUUAUGUGGCGUUUAGGAACAGUCUCAUCACGUGUAACAGCAUUGACUGUGUAUGCCACAUUGUAUGGACACUGGGUAUUUCUGGUGAUUGGGCUGCACUGGAUAUCAAUGUUUCUGUGGCUCAUUUCCCCAAAGAACGUCUUUCAUGGUGAAAGGAUAUCGAGACGGAGGAAGGCUGCCUUCUCAGCUCUCAUAGCAUUUGUAUAUGUUUUCUCAUAUAUAAAUUUGCAGGAAGUUAAUCCUCGUCAGAAAAUGGCAACAUUUUAUGUAGUCAUGUUUCUGGAAAAUGCCCUGUUGGUUACUGCCUGGCUUGUUGGCGUGUGGAGUGAAGCACCCUGGUAUCGAAACACUGUGCCGAUAGUUGUGUUUGUUUCAUUUGCAACUGGAAUUUGCUUCAUGAUUCUCUACUACCGGUAUUUUCAUGUCAGAAGGUUACGUUAUGAAGCAGGUGGAAGACCAAAUACUUAUAACAACAAUUGUGAUUCUACACAGAGAUUAGCUAAUGUAAAUAAUGUAAACUGUGGUGAAGUGGUGGCCCAUGGCAAAGAUGAACAAACUGCAGUGGCAAAAGAAGUGCACUGUAGUGCGAAGGCAGUCAAUAACUGCCAGCAGCGGUGCACCAAUGGUUACCUGCCCUACCAGCAUGGAGGCAUACCUGGCGUGUUCAACUGUCGCUUCAACAAUCCGGUUACUUCAACUGCUGCAACUAAAAGGAAAAAGAAGAAGCCAACAUCAUUUGUCCCCCCUCCUGCUGUUACUGCACUGCCUUCAGUUGGUGUACCGAGUCUAUCCAUUCAACAACAACAAAACUGCUUGCAAGAACCGUACAGCAGCAAUAUGUCACUACAGCUACAGAAUUCUGUUCCAUUUUGGAGGAGGCCUUUGCCAAACAACCAACACAAUCAUCAGGUAAAUGGUGGCUCGAGUGAAAAUGAAGCAAGCAGCGUUGGCUCAAGGGUGAACAUACAGCAGAAACUGCAGGAAAAGAAGCAGAAGCAGUUAGCAGAGCUUCGGAUAAUUGAGGAAGAAAUAAAGCAGGGUAAAAUACAGAGACCAGGUUCAGGUGCACCGUCAGGUGUCGGCGAUGACUUUGGCUCACUGCCUCGGCAGCCGAUACCGAGAGCUAAGCGACACAACCAGGGUGGUUGGCCACCACCGACACCUCCGAGUUCCAGAGCUCUGCCACCGCCAUACUCUUACCAUUUACUCCCACCCCCUCGUGCGAAGCAUCGUUCCAAAACACCUGAGAUUCUCCUGGCCCCUCAUUACCUCGAGGGCAACAGCAUCUACUGCAGCUGGGAGCACGAACGAGGCCCUGUAUAUCGGUUGUCAGACGAUGACCACAUGGACAGGGAGUGCAGCAGCGACCACGGAUCGAGCUACUCGGAGGCGGCGGCCCGGGGAGCGAAGGAUGCCGGCUGCGACAGUGGGAGUGCAGGUGCCCAGCAGGCCAUGCUCAUGUACAAGUCAUACCGCAUCCCGUCCGACAUGGACUCGCAGAUCUCGUUACCCCGCUCGUACACACUGCCCCGCGAGUUCAAAUACUACCGUCGGCCCAAAUCUCGCAAGGCCGUACGCUCAGAGCACUUUGUCGCGUCCACAAAUUCUAGCGACGGGGAUGUUGAUUCAGGAGAUGAAACUCCACAUCACAACCACGAACCGCCUCAGCACCAUUCGAGACCUGUGAGGAUGCGGCCAUAUCGGGGUUAUGUAAGAAGAGAUCUGCAUGAAACAAAACUGUGAUUAGUAUUUUUUAUGUUACUACACUGUAAAUUGUAUUAAUCCUUAUUUAUUUUGUUACUAGCUAACAGUAUGCUUCUCAUUACAUGCUGUGUUACCUGUUAGCAAAUCUCAUAGUUAUUACUCAGUCUGAAUCAGAAGCGCCACUUUCUUACAAUUUCCUCAAAGGAAAAAAUUUGAACGGAGGAUAUUACAGUCAUUAUGCAAUAACUGUGUAGGAAGUUUAUGCAGAAAAAUUGGAAGAAGUAACAAUAGAAUCCGUUAUGCCCACUGUUGAAAAAAAGUUAGCUAUUAGUCUUUUAGACAAAAUCACAGAAUAUUUUUUGUUCUGUGACCGUGUCGGAAAGAAAUAAAAAGUAGUUCAUAAUGCAUAUCAAUCAUUUUCUCCAUAGACAGAUUGUAAUUUUUCCCAGAGUUAUUAAUCCUUUUCUUACAACCAUGAAAAUAUUCCAUUGUUGAAAUAAUACUGAGCAGAAAGUAAACAACAUUAUGAGGAAAGAGAAGAACUCCCUCUGUAGAAUCAUCAGAUAGGCAUAAGAACAAUGUCCCGAACUUGUGUACUUUGUCAGGGUACAAACACACAGCCUACCUGUGUGCGGCUAUUGCCAUAGUGUGGUGAGUAGUUGUCUUUCCUUGUGCAAUUCAAAUAUCCCACUGAAUUGGAAUCAGGUGAGGGUAUUAGAAUUAUAUGAUGUUGCAAAAGAAUUUUAGUUGUGGUUUUUGUUGCAUUUAUUAUGGUACAUAAGGAAAUAGCUCAUCUGUAAUGCAGGGAAAUAGAGGUAUCAUAUGUGCUACCAAAGUUUUUUCAAUUAAGUGUCAUUUUUCUCUCAAGAUAUCGCACAUAAUAAUCUCAAAUGAGCUUGUGUGUGGUGUAUAAUUUCUAUACUAAUAUGUUCCUACUUAUCUGUCAGGAAUGCCUAAUCAGUUUUAUUUUAUAACAAACAAGAAAUCACAUUCUAUGCCUUGUAAUUAAUCUUGCAGUAAGAAGGAAUUAAUGCAACAGAAAAUAAUAUUGAUUCAAAAUAUUUUAUUGAAUUCCUUACCUGUAAGACUUUUCUCUUUCUGCAUUUCUUUUCCAUUUUUGCUGGUGUUUGGGAACUUGGUGUCAGUGAUUCAACACAUUGUGAUCUCUGUUCUUAAUCAUAUAACAAAUCAGCAUAGAUUUACUUUUUGAGGCAGUUCUUUAAAGAAUGGCAAAAACACUCAGUCUGAUUUAACAUGCACUCAAGUUCUUUCUAGAAUUGGCAAAGAUAGUUAUUGUACUUUUCCUCCAUGUUCAGUGGUUUUUGCGGGAGUCUGACUAACAGAAUUUUAGUGCUCCAUCCUCUUUUUAUGGUGAUUGAGAGACUGAUUAACACUGAACAAAUCAUUUUGACUGAUUUUACAGGCCACAUUCUAUCAAUUAGCUGAGUUGGUAGGGUAUUGUCUGUAAAAGCAAGGAUCUGGGUUGGUGUCAAGCUACAAAAGAUGAAUUUUAAUCUGUCAAGGAGACUGAAUGUAGUGGAGAAUUAAUUACUCAGUAUGUAACUUUAUAAAUUUUAUCUCAACCAAUAUUUUAAAUUGUUUCCCAAAAAGAACACCACUUUUGGAUCAAACAAUAAUGUAAUUAUUUAUUUAAAGAAUUAUGUUAUUUAUGUCUCAUUGUACAGCUCUGUUGUCAUCACUG